CAACGGAUGCAUAUCCAGAUAUUAUGGUCUUUAUAAAAUAUUGGUGAUAAAAUUAAACAAAUUUUAUUGUAAAAAUGCCUUUACAAUCAACGGACGAUCGAGUUGACUCACAGCAUUACGAUAGCACUGAAAGCUUGCAGACACAAAAAGCUAAGGAAAUGGAAAGACGCAACAGAAGGAAUGAAGAUUUGGCACGAUUUAUUUUAUCCCGAACCUCUUUCUAUUUACAUCAUAUCAAUAAGGCGCUGACUGAAACAGUUGCCCGAUAUCGGUUGCAGGAAAUUGCUCAGGCGAUUUUUGCCAGUUUGCAACAGUAUCCGAUCCUAGCACUUGGCGUUGCAAUUGUAAUAUUUACCUUCACUCUACCAUUUCUGGUGUUUAUCUUCUUCACCAUGACUACGGCAGUGAUGGCGUUUACUGGAUUUGUACUAAUUGAAGGAGCUCUCAUUACAGCUGCUUCGAUGAUGCUUGUAAGUCUGCUAAUUGGUGUUUUUCUAAUGUUCGGCAUCGUUGGCCUGAUGUUUCUCACAGGCUACUUUGGUGUAUCCCGCAUAUAUGAGUACGCCAACCGCUUUAAACUGGAUGAUUUACGCGAAUAUUUGCGAGAAAAGUAGAUCAACAGCAAACGAAGUGAUCAUUUUACUUGCAAAUUCAGUCCGGGCUGUGGUG